UUCACUCUAUUUCGUAGCCGGAGGAGCGAACACCUACCUGCUUGGAUUGCUCUCGCCUGCCUGCGCGUCACAAUUUUUGCUCCCCGCGAACAGUGUCCACACGGAUGGGUGCCGAGUGACCCCAAAAGUGCUCAGUUCCAAACUCCCUGACCGGCGACAGUGCGCGGUUUUGUGUCCCCAGUUGCAGUGCCCGCCGACAUCAUUAGUCACAACUAUUUCAGCCUUACCUCUGAAAUAGCUUUCAGGCGGAAUGAUCAGCAUGGAAUUAGCACCGUCACACGGUAAUGUGCACUCAAUGGUCACCGGUCACCAGGGAUCACUCCAGUUGCACUCGCUAGACUCGUCAGACUAUGACUCCAAGGAGUCCAUCUCGUCGCAGAAGGAAGGCAGCCACGGGAUGGGACCCGAAGGCCACGGCGGUGUAAACCAGCUGGGCGGAGUGUUCGUCAACGGCAGACCACUGCCGGACGUGGUCCGGCAGCGGAUUGUCGAAUUGGCACACAAUGGAGUCCGUCCCUGCGACAUAUCACGGCAGCUCAGAGUGUCCCACGGAUGCGUCUCGAAAAUACUCUCGAGGUAUUACGAGACGGGGAGCUUCAAAGCAGGUGUGAUCGGCGGUAGCAAGCCCAAAGUGGCGACGCCGCCCGUCGUUGACGCCAUCGCCAACUACAAGCGCGAGAAUCCGACCAUGUUUGCGUGGGAAAUCCGCGACAGGCUGCUCGCCGAGGGCAUUUGCUCGCAGGACAACGUGCCCAGCGUCAGCUCCAUCAACCGGAUUGUGCGCAACAAGGCCGCCGAGAAGGCCAAGCACGUGCACCAACAGCAGCAGCAGCAGGGCCAGAACAACUCAGGGUCGGCGCCGCCGCAGACGAUAUCAGUGAUCACACACGCACCCCCAGUCAUCGCCUCAUCCCCGCACGACACCACCACCCUCCAGAGAACAGGUUCCUAUAGCAUAAACGGAAUCUUGGGAAUAGCUCAAGCCGAUCAGCACCUCACACCCACCAAGCGCAAGCGCGAGGAGCCCAUAGUUAUUUCUGACGAGAAUCGAGACUUGAACGGUCACACCGAGGAUGACAUCAAGAGGAACCGCACCCAGUACAACGGCGAUCCCCUCUACGCAAAUAUUUGGUCGUCCAAGUUGCUUGAUUUGGGAAACACGGGCGCCGCGGGCGGCAACAGCGGUUCGCCGUACAGCGUGCAGAGUUUCGUGUCGGACAACCAGGCGUUCCCGACCACCACCUCGGGCGACCUCUACGAGUCGCUGACCCAGUCGACGCCGUCGUACAGCACACCCCUCGCCGCCUCCCUUGGCAGUGGUAAUUUGACCCCACUAGUGCCAAUCACCAUGCAGGAAAUGAAACCCAACGUAACCUCAUCGGGCGUGCUCGAUUCCUCGAUUUCUCCGUACCAAGACGGCGGCGCAACCGGCGGCUAUCACAACACCUCCUCGCCCCUGAUGGCAGGCGCCGGGGGCCACGUGUCCCCCGGGGUGCCGAUCCCCACGUCCAACACCUCCCCGAUGCCGAUAAUCCAGCACCAGGGCUCGCUGACGGUGCUACAACCGGCGCCGACCACCUCCUCGCCAGUCACGGCACCCGCCUACACGGUGCUGCCGAGCUUCGGACAAUACACCACCUCCUCCGUGGGAGGCGGCGGACCCGGCACCGAGUAUUCGUACAGCUCCACCUACUCGCAGUAUGCAGCGCCCUACAGCUCAUACGGAUAUGGUGCCAGUGGUCUUCUUAUGCCUGCUGGGGUCUCCGGCUUGGACUACAGCAGCGGCGGCCACCACCUGCAGAUGGACGAGUACACGGCGCUGAAGACGGCGAGCAGGUCGCCCCUGACGGCCGUGCUGGCCGCCUCGUCGCCCACGGCGUCGGCUCGGCUCGCCUGAUUGAGCAGGUGGACGCUUGGGCUCGAUCCGGGAAGAUACAAGUCCCCCGAGUCCAGAUCUCACAGCAGCCAAAGAAAUUAACAAGUUUUAAUAAGGGACGAAUGCUAAAUACUUGUAACUUGUAAAACGAAAUUUAUAUAUAUAAAUAUAUAUAUAUUCGGCGGACGACGAGACGUACGGCGGCUUCGACUUGAAAAAAUAAUCGGAGCUAAAUUUCGGGAAGCCGGCCGAGUGAUUGGUCACGUGGAUGAUGAUAUUACUCUCCCAUGCGCAGAAUUGAGUGUGUACGUGUGACUCUCUCGUGGCAAAAUCUCGUGUUUUGCGUAAAGGACUCUACUUUUUGAUUAUUAUUUUUUGCUACCUCCCGCGCCACAAGGAUACUUCUUGACAAGACCAAGUUGAGAAUGUGCAGUAUUUUUUCUGUCCUGUGUAUAAUGAAUGAAAUAUAUAUGUACUCUAAUGUUUAAGUUGAUACGCACCAAGUGCUGCAUUCGCACCAAAAAUAGUAAUUGGUCACGUUAUCUGUUAGCAAAGUUUUUUUGUUUUCUGAUCAAGGCUGUUUGCUCUUGGGGCGUGUUUUCCAUUAGUCAAUCCAUUACGUUGGGUUCCGCUCGAGCUUUUAGAAGACUUUAUACUAUCUUAACUUUCGGCUUUCCGAAUUUUUGUUUCUCUCCGGGAAAGACGCCCCAAGCAGAAAUUUAUUUAGUUUGCUUGAUUACCAAAGACACGACUGUUGAAAGGGAAAAGACGAUGGAUGAUCAUUAUUAUUAUGUAUUAAAUUAUUGAGAUAACAUUAGUUGAACGCUUAAAAAGUAAUUGAUUGUUUAUUUUUAAGAGUGUCGACGCCCGUCGACGCGCACAUCAACAGCGAAUCUUAGCGAAUUCAAGUCUUUAGAAUGUUAUAAUUGUGUAAAUUUUAUAUAUGAUUUGAAAAUAUGCGGAGACGAAACGAUGACCAUCGCAGAUUUAGUUAUUCAUAUACACCCCCACUCACUCACUCACUCACAUACACACACCGAUGCAUAUUUAUUUUCAUAUAACGUGUCUCAUUCUGUACAUACGCGCACCACGUUUGGUUUAUACAUAUAAUUACGUGUAAUGCUUGUUUUUUGUUUGUGUCUCGUCGAGCCUCUCUGUAAAGAAUUCGCACUGCUCUCCCCUGACAAUAUUCUAUCUAGAACAAUUAUUAAUUUUAUUGUGAAAUCGAAUUAUUUCGUUGUUUUUUGUUUCGUUUAAAUUUAGACGCGACUCACUACUUUUGUUUAAUUGUUGUUGUCGACCGACUCUCUAUAUACCUGCGGAAUCAAAUCCCAGGUUCCUGCUCCGCUCUCUCUCUCGUCAGUCAUUUAUAUUAUUUUCCCCCUCCAAACACGAAUCGCAUUUACUGACUGUAAUCUAUUGUAAUAAUGGAGUUAGUACGUGUAAUUGAACCUUUUUCGACGAGGAAUAUAAUGUGUAGGUCUCGAUUGUACUAUUAUUUAUGCAUCUCAUUUGUUUAAAUAACUGCAGCAACGCUCGGCGGACUGUAUAUCUCUAUUUUACGUUGCAAUUUGUCUCACUGCGUCCAGCCAGACACAUCACUGCAUCCCAUUCAUUGUUCUGUACAUUUUAAGAAAAUAAAACGACAAUUGAACAAAAUAAAAUUACGAAAAAAACGA